AUGGAGAGUGUCACACCAUUCGAGACCAUGGUCACCAUCAGUCCAUUUCUGGUAGUAGUGCUCUUGCUGAUCAGAUUCACAUCAACCUCUGAUUACCACCAAACCUUAGCCACCUACAUCGCUUCCCUAACCAAACACCUCGCCUCGAACCAAACUGGAACCUUCGAUUGCUGGCUGUACCAUGCCUGCAGUGAUCCUCCCGGAACAAGCGGACUACUGCAAGCGAUCGCCGUCCAACUGGAGAUGCAGUGGAUACCAAGACGCAUCAUCGACAGUCGCUUCCCGUGGACGGAAGAGACGCUCAACUGGAACCGUCCGUCACUAGUCGUCAUUCAUGUCGAAUUCACCAGCCACAAUCCGUCGGUGCUGGCCAAUUGCGGUGCGCUGCUGGGACUUUUGGAUCGUCAAACCCGAGUGCUAAUACUGCUCAGCUUUCAAUCGAAAAUGAUUUCCGUGCUAACAUUUUCGUCGUCAAUCACCACCGGCCAGCUCUUCAACGUGGCCUUUCUUUCGGUCGUCGAGGAGUCAAUGAUAUUCCCAGACAUUCACGUUCGAAGAUUCGUCAGGACUCGGAAGUUCAAAACUCCAGACGAGAUGUUCCCGGAUCAGUCACGAUAUCUGCACGGAUUACCUCUCCGCUACAGUGUUCUCAACGGAUUCCUAAACGCUUGCAUCGGAAACAACUGCCAGGGCUUUGACGUUACUCUUGCCAAAGAGUUUGCCAGAUAUCUCAACACUACACCGCAGUAUGUAAAGUUUGUCUGUCCAUACAAAAUCAACAAGGAAAAAGAUUCCGAAAGCAACUGCAUCUACAACGUGACCUACGAGCCGGACUGUCCGUUCGAUAUCUUCGCCGAUUCCGCAACUGGUGAGCAGUUCAUACGACACUACUUGGACAAGCCAGUCCCACUCGAAAACGUCUUUCUCGCCCCGCGUGGAAGAUCCCUGAACAUCGCAGAGCUGUUCCUGCAGCCCUUCCAAACCGAACUGUGGAUUCUGUUCUUCAUCGGAAUGGUAACAAUCAAGCUGGUCUCCCUCCUGAUCCCCAACACCUUCAAGAACGAUCCCAUCCUGCUACCGAUUUGUGGCUUCGAGCGAUUCAGCCUCAACCAAGCCGAUCGUAACGAAAAGCUAGUGAUGCUCUCCCUAAUCGCACUCUUCUUCUUCAUCUCCAACGCGUACGAAACCAAGAUCAUCUCGCUGAUGAGCAACAAACCACGUGUCGCGUCAUUAGCCACCCUCCAAGACGUCCUCAACAGUGUCACCCAAGUAAAAGCUGAACGUUUCCUAGCCGACAGCUUCCCCAUGUUCAAACUCCUCUACAGCUACCACGAUCAGGGCCCAAACGCGCUCGACGGAACCAGCGUCUACCUGAUGAAUGGAGUCGUGGGAUCGCUGCUGAUUCAGCGCCCCGUCAACUGGGACUACGAAAGCAAUCAGCCGCGGUACAAAGUCAUGGACGAAAAGCUAGCGAUGAUCGUCGGGUUCUACCCGCUGCCGGUCCGGAGUGCCCUCAAGCCUCACUUUCGAUUCGUGCAAAAGGCCCUGUUUGAGUCGGGAAUUCUGAGUCGAUGGCGCCAGGAGUGGUUUGUUCAGGGGGAUCUAAAGUACUCAAAUUCGACGCUGCCGGGUGGGGUGAAUCCCAGCUCGGAUAUUCUCACGUACUCGGAUUUGAUGCCGGCCUGGUUCGUUGUCCUUACGGGCGGGACCAAGGGGAAAACCACUCUGCACAUUGCCCCCGAGUAG